AGCUGCAGCUAGGGAAGGAGAGAGUCAGUGAGAGGCGCAGGCGAGCUGGAGGGGAGCGUCGCGCGGCGGCCAGUGGGCGCCCGCGGUUCCCCAAGGCCCGCCCCUGCGUGGGGUGGGGGGAGUGCGAGGCUGCGCUUAAAAGGCGGGGAAUCGCCGGCCGCAAGAUUUUUCCUCGACAGAUCCUGCCGCAGUCCGCUCCCUCCCGCUCCGCUCGCCCCUGCCCGCCCGCCCGCCCGGUCGCCCGGUCGCCGCCGCCACCGUGUCGCCCGCAUCCUCCGCCUGGCGCCUCCGGGCCCCGUGCCGCCGCCCGCCCUCUCCGGCCCCGGCGACGAGGUAACGCGCCCUGGGCCGAGCCGCCGGGCCCUCCGCCCAGAGCGCCGCCCUCCGAGCUCGCCCCGGUGGGUGUGGCCCGGCCUGUCCCGUGCCCCGCCGCCGCACUUCGGUCCCUCCCGCGCCCCGCCGCCGCAUUUCGGCCUCCUCCGGCCGCCCGUAGCUCCAGUUCCCCUUUCCCCACCACGGAGCCCCAGGGCCCCUGGGCUUGUCGAGAUGUCUGAGGCGUCAGGAAAUCUCAACAGCCUCCGCAUGGCGAAUGUGGCCCUGCGCGAAGAAUUAAAUGCCCUUCGCGGGGAGAAUGCCAAUUUGGGCCUCCAGCUCGGGAGAGCCCUGGCCGAGGUUAAUUCCUUGCGAGGCAAUGUCUCCAGCUACAUCCGCUGGCCAGUACCCAUAGUGCCCGUCCUUGCGGAGGAGAACUUGGAGUUCGCGCUCAGUGAGAUCGAAGCCAUUCCCGGGGGAGAACUGCCCUUCUUGUGCCGGCCUCCCCCACGCGCGGAGCCCGACUGUAUCUCGGAUGAUCUUUUGAUUAACGUGAUCCAGGAUCGCAGCACCCCCGACGGGCCCGCUGACACCCCUCUGCUGCCCAUCCCGCCCCCGCCGGCGCUGCCUCCGCCCGCGUCAAAGGAACCGCCCCCGCAACCCCCUCUGGCACCGCUGGAGCGGCCUGAGAUAGAGCCCUUUUCAGGAGACCCAGUCUACCUGGCUGAAUUCCUGAUGCAGCUAGAGACCUUCAUAGCCGACCAUGAGGAUCAUUUCCCCGGGGGCGCCGAGCGGGUGGCCUUUCUGAUCUCCUUUUUCACUGGCGAAGCCAAGGACUGGGCCAUCUCGGUCACCCAGGAAGGAAGCCCCUUGCAUGCCAACUUCCCGCGCUUCCUGGAUGAAAUCCGUAAGGAAUUCUGUGGCCCCAUCCCCCCACGUGUGGCUAAAAAGGCCAUUCGCAAGCUCAAGCAGGGCCACUGUACCCUCGGCAGCUAUGCAGAUGCUUUUCAGUUCCUGGCCCAAUUCUUGUCUUGGGAUGACUGCCGCCUCCAAAACCAAUUCCUCAAAGGCCUGUCGGAAUUCUUCCGCAAAGAACUCUUAUGGUCAACAGAAAUGGCCGACCUGGAUGAGCUGAUUCUCGAAUGUGUGGAGAUAGAAAGAAAAGUGCGCGUUCCCAAGCCUAUCCCGCUCCCUGGAGUUCGAAAUAUCAUCUUCCCUUUUGCUCCGAGUCCCAAUGAGGAAGAAAGUGAAGAUGAAGAGUACUACAGUGAAGAUGAAGACCAAGAGGCACGCAGGCACAGGCUUCACUCCAAGGACCAGAGGAAGCGCAUGAGGGCUUUUCAGCAAGAGAUGAAGGAGAAGGAGGAGGAGGAGAUGAAGAAGGAGGAAGAAAUGAAGAAGAAGGAAGAGAAGGAGGAGGAGGAAGAGGAAAUGAAACAGAAAGAGGAGGAGGAGGAGGAGAUAAGGAACAAGAAUGAGGAGGAAGGAGAGAGUAAGGAUGAAGAAGAUGAAGAUGAGGAUGGGGGCCAGAAACCAGAAGGAGAGCCACAGCAGGAUCCAGGGACUGAGGAGACCUACGGUGAGGUGGAGGAGGAGCCACUGGAUGAGGCCCAAGAUGAUGACCUAGAUGAGCUGAUGGAGAUGGAGCCGACCUUUGUUCAUGCGUCAUCCCAGACUUCUGGCCCCACAAGUGGUUACCACGCCGAAAACUUCCUGGGUGCAUCACCUCCCAUAAUACAGCCUAGCAGACGGAGGAACCAGAAUCGAGUCCCACUUCUGGAAGGCCUUCCAGGCACCAAUUCACCAUUCUACAGCUCCCCCCAACUGAUUCGCCGCACAGGUCGUUUAGGGCAACGCCAAGUUCGAAGACGCCCCCCUGUGCUUUUCCGCCUCACUCCGAGACAGGGGGGCCACCGAGCUGCUCGUGGCCGAAUUCGAGUGUGAGUGCUGGGGCCAGAUGGCCACCCAGAACACACCCUUCUUUUGCAUCCCCCGCCCCUGCUAUUGCUGCCAUACCUGCCCCAUUUGCUGACCAGGACUUCAGGGAGUUUCAGACCUGCAGAACCUGAAGAAGACCUGCAGAAUUCCAGACCAUCUUGCAACCAUGACCAGAGAGUGACGUGUGCCCAACCAGGGCCACCUGGGAAAGGAGGGAUCAGCAAUAGCUGCCCUCUUGGCAUGUACUCUGCUCAGUCCGGCCACGAGCUGGAGAGCAAGUUUCUGGGCCUGUUCCCAUAAAUGAACUGGUCACCCUCUUGUAUUUCCCCUCUGGUUGUUCCUAACCCUCACCUCUCCUGCGUUUCUUCACCCUAUGUUCUACAGUUUUAUUCUCUGACUGACCCACCGGGACUUCACCCAAUGCCUCACUGAUCUGCCCCAGUGAGCAAGAGGACAGGCUACCCUGAACUCCUAAAGCCACUGAGGCCAGUUGCUAGACAUAAUCGAUGGUGAGCAGGAUGGUAUCCAGAAAUGUCCCUAGAAGCCUACACUCAUUUCAUGCCACACCUCCAGCAGAGGGCCUGGAAGAGGACCCAACAUCUAGCCCAGUGAGAGUGUGCAAAGCCAUAUGUCAAAUGGACAACUUGACCGAGAUUUGCCCUUGACUGACUGUGCAGGCUGGUUCCACUUACAGCACUUGAGUUUACCUUUGCACAGAUUCCUGUAUCAGGGCUCUUGGACUGACUUGCCACACAUCUGGAGCCCUUUCCUCUCACCACAUUGCCCUCCUGGGCACCCCCGGUGGACAGCGCCCAACAUUGCAGGCUCCACAACUUUCCUUGAUGUUGCCUAAAGGGCUGUAGCCAGUUAGGGUUCCGGAGAGGAGAAGGAGGAAGAAGAGGAGGAGGAGAAAGAAGCAGCAAUGAUCAUUCUGCCAUUGUAAAGAGUGACUCUUUCCUUAGGGAUGGUGGUCUUCUCCCCUUGCCAGGCCUUGGACUGCAGCCCCCAGUCAAAGGUCUUUGCAGGACACUUUCUAUCCUUGGAGUUGCAGAGGAGGCCUGAUUGGCCAUUUCUUCUGGGACAGACAGAGAGAGGGCCCAUGGCCUGCUCGGAGCUCCCUUCAAUUUCAAGGAACCCUUAGUUCUGAGAGGAGAGAGGAAGGCUGCACCUACCGUGGCCUCACAGCUGGGACCCCUCAUGGGGGCCAACCCCUGGCCUGCUGCUGUGCUUCAGUGACACAGUAAAGCUUAAGAGGGUGGCUGCCUCCUAGGAACUCCUGGGACUUCUAGGUACAAACUCAGGUGCCCUUAUAAAGAGACCCACUGCUUGCCUUGAGUCCAGAAAGCACUGCUUCUGCAGUGAAAAACACACACUUACUAUGUCAGCUUUGGCCAUAAAAUGCCAGCCAAAUCCACUGCUGGCCUGAACUGCCCCUGGACACUGGACUUUCUGCACAGUGACUGGCAGCAGAGCAAGUGCAGCCAGGGUUUGUGGCCAAAAGGAAGAAAGCAUAGUAAAUUCAACCUCUGUUCCUCAUGGGAGUCUGACCGAUAACCUCAGGCCGACCUUAGGAUCUUGGGCCUGGAGGCAAGAGAAAAGAGCUGGAGGAAGAGGAGUCGCAGAGAAACCCAGUCCUCUGACUGGUUUUUGGUGAGGUCUCUAUUCAUCAGUGGGAGCUGAUUUUAUCUGAUUUCCUCAAGAGUGCAUUCCAGAAGGGGACGUGCUAUUCUUUGAGGGGACCUGCUAUUCUUCGAGGCGGUGGACCCUGUUUGCUGAUGGUCAACACUCUGGCCCUGCUGCCCCAUGUCCCUGUGGAGAAGUGUGAAGGACGGGUGCCUUAAACCCACACUUCCAGGGACCCUUCAGCACAGGUCCUGCCUGUUCCCAUGGUGCUUCUCACCCCGAACCCUCAGAGCCACAGCCACGGACAGAGCAGAUGAGCAGUGAGCUGGUUUCCACCCUCUGGGGCAGGAGGGGCUUGGGCUUCCCUUUGACCCUCUUCCUUCCUUUCCCAGAUCUUCAAUAUUUGUUGUGAUGUAACAGCCAUAAGAGCUGUAAGAGGAACUGUGGGGUUUGGGAGCUUUCUUGGGGUGAAAGAGGGGUGGGGGGAGGGGAUGCAUGCAGGGGUAUGAAGGCAGCCCAAGGUCUCCCAGAGGCUCGGGAGGAAACCCUUUUGGAAUACAUGUGUUAUUGUUGCAUUACUGUGUUGUGAAGAUAAGAAGCUGCUCUGUAUGCUAAAGCUUUCUCUCCUCAAUAAAAAUAUAAAGGGUGUGUAAA